AUGAAGCUCGCACUUCUUCUGGGGCUUUUGCUGGUAUCUGGGGAAUUUCCACUGGUGUGGAGCUCUUGUCCUUCUCAGUGUAGCUGCUUCUAUCACAGCCUGAGUGAUGGAUCCAGAGCCAGGAGCGUGAUUUGUAAUGACCCUGAGAUUUCCCUGGUGCCUGCCAGCUUCCCAGCCGACACCUCCAAACUUAGAAUAGAAAAAACGGCCAUCAAGAGGAUCCCUAGUGAAGCUUUUAACUACCUCUCCAACCUGGAAUUUCUGUGGAUGUCCUUCAACGUGCUGUCCUUCCUGAACACAGACAGUUUCCGUGGUCUGUACAGUCUGGAGGAGCUGAGGCUCGAUGGCAAUUCCCUCACUUCGUUUCCGUGGGAAUCGUUAAUGGACAUGCCGAGCCUAAGACUCCUCGAUCUGCACAACAACCAGCUCUCCUCUGUCCCGCCCGAGGCCGCACUGUACAUCAAGAACUUAACAUACCUGGACCUCUCCAGCAACAGCCUGCUGACGGUGCCAUCUGAAGUCCUUUCUACUUGGUUGACAAUCAAACCUGUGCAGGGAGCAGAGAGUUCAAAAAUGAUUCUUGGGCUCCAUGACAAUCCUUGGCUGUGUGACUGCCGGCUGUAUGACCUGGUGCAGUUCCAAAAGUCUCCCUCACUCUCUGUGGCCUUCAUUGACACCAGGCUGAGGUGUGCUGAUCCUGAGAGUCUGUCGGGGGUUCUGUUUAGCGAUGCGGAGCUGAGACGAUGCCAGAGCCCCAGGGUUCAUACUGCCGUAGCCCGGGUCAGGAGUGCAGUGGGCAACAAUGUGCUGCUGCGUUGUGGCACCAUCGGGGUUCCCAUCCCUGAGCUGGCCUGGAGGAGGGCAGAUGGGAAGCCACUGAAUGGGACAGUUCAGCAAGAAAACUCUAAAGAGGGAAUUGUUUGGUCUAUCCUAAGUGUGCCUGCAGUCUCCUUCCGUGACUCUGGGAAAUAUAUCUGCAAGGCAACAAACUAUGCUGGAAGCGCAGAGGCAGUUAUUUCUCUGAUCAUAAGUGACUCUCCAAAGGUAGAAAAUCAAACAGGGAAUUUGAAGAAAGUGAAAGCAAAGAAGCCGAACCCUGUUGUGAAGGCAGCCUAUCAAGAAAAACUUAUUGCCAGGUAUGUUUCUCCAAGACCCUCUCCUGCAUCUGCACUUGUAGCCCCUGUGGUUUACACCGGCCCUUAUCCAGGCAUGGAGAGUGAUAGUGUUGCAGACAGUGGGACAAACGCUCAACCAACCAGUCCUGAUGGACUUCUAGAGACCAAUCUGAGCAACCUCGCAGCCAACACAUCCUCUCUGCAACAAGACCCUGACAGAGUGGUCCGCUCAGUCAAGGUAAUUGGAGAUACAGACUAUACAGUCUGUCUGAACUGGAGAGCACCAAAGGCUAAGAACACCACCGCCUUCAGUGUGCUCUAUGCUGUGUUUGGCGAGAGGGACAUGCGCCGAAUAAAUGUCAGUCCAGGCAACAACCGGAUCAUCAUCGAGGGCUUGGUUCCAAAAACAAAAUACAUUGCCUGUGUGUGCGUAAAAGGCCUGAUCCCCAAAAAGGAGCAGUGUGUAAUCUUCUCAACAGAUGCGGCGGCGAGCGCUAAUGGGACCCAAAAGCUCAUUAAUGUAGUUGUAAUCACGGUUGCCUGUGUGAUAGCCGUGCCUCUGACUGUGAUCGUCUGCUGUGGGGCGCUUAAGAGGAAAAUUCAGAAAUUUCUGGGCAAAAAGUCCAAAGACAUUCAGGAUUCAUAUGUGACGUUUGAGACUCUGUCCCCCAGCACUAAGGCUAAAGGCCUGGAGGGGGAAUACCUGAACAGAAUGAACCCAGAGGAGUCCAACAGACUGCUGUCGGCCAGAUCCAGCCUGGACUCUGAGUCCACCGCUAAGAUUGAGGGACAGCCAAACGAAUACUUCUGCUGA